GCUGGUUCUGCGCAAGCUCACAGGAAGCGCUGGCUCACUCGCGCUUCCGGAGAGGGUUUUCUCUAGCUGUCCGCGGCGUGGAGACCCGCCUACUGUGCUACCCGGCUAUAGACACCCGCGGGGUCGGUUCGCCCUUCGCUCCCAGUGCAGUUGGAAGAGUUUUGACUAGAUAUGAGCCAUUUCGGGGAAGACUUGAUGAAGCUUGCUGUGGCAGAGGAUGGCAAGAGAGAAACUUCUGUGUUCUCUAGUCCAGGAAUGCACUUCCCGUGGCUUCAAGAUCGUGUCGAAACUGUAGUGACUGGAGGGAAGAGGAAGAGGGAUUUCACUCAGACGACAAGCGCGUGUUUACGCCUUAUCCACGAAGCCCUGCUGAAGCACCAGUGGCAGCAAGCCGCGGAGUAUAUGCACAGUUACUUACAGACCCUGGAGGAUUCCGACCCGUACAAGAGACAGGCUGCCCCUGAGAUCAUUUGGAAGCUUGGAAGUGAAAUUCUAUUUUAUCACCCCAGAAGUAAUGUGGAGACUUUUAAUAGCUUUGCUGACCGGAUGAAAAAUAUUGGUGUCUUGAAUUAUUUAAAGAUCUCCUUACAGCAUGCACUGUAUCUUUUCCAUCACGGAAUGCUUGAGGAUGCAAACAGAAAUCUGAGCGAUGCAGAGACAUGGAGAUACGGGGAAAAGUCGUCCUCUCAGCAAGUGUUGAUCCACCUUGUUCAGGCCUACAAAGGGCUUCUACAGUACCACACUUGGUCCAGAAAGAAGGCGGAGCUGGCGGAGCUUGAUGAGGAUGAUUAUGCUUAUACCACAAAAACCCAAAACAUGCUCAGCCAGAGCUGCAAGACGUCUGCAAAUAUUGGUGCACUGCUUAAAACUCCUGGGGUUUGGGAUCCUUUUGUGAAGAGUUAUGUGGAGAUGCUAGAAUUCUAUGGUGAUCAAGAUGGAGCCCGAGAGAUACUCACCAAUUAUGCGUAUGAUGAAAAGUUCCCCUCAAAUCCCAAUGCCCACAUCUACUUAUAUGAAUUUCUCAAGAGAGAGAAGGCACCAAGAGCAAAACUGAUCAGUGUUCUUAAGAUUUUACAUGAGAUUGUGCCAUCUCAUCCACUAAUGUUAGAAUUCCAUAUGUUGCUUAGAAAAUCAGAGACUGAAGAACACCGGAAGCUGGGCUUGGCUGUGCUGUUUGAAGUCCUGGAUUUUGCUGGAUGCACUAAGAACAUAACUGCCUGGAAAUACUUGGCAAAGUAUCUGAAGCAGACACUAAUGGAAAGCCAUCCGGCGUGGGUCAAAGAAGAGUGGAAGUCUAGGAGAAGCUGGUGGCCGGCCUUUCACUUCAGCUUCUUUUGGGCAAAGAGCGACUGGAGGGCAGACGCUGGCUUGGCUUGUGAGAAAGCCUUUGUAGCGGGAAUCCUCUUAGGAAAAGGUUGUAGAUAUUUUCGGUAUAUUUUAAAACAAGAUCAUGGAACCUUGAAGAAGAAAAUAAAGCGGAUGAAGAAGUCUGUGAAAAAAUAUAGUAUUGUAAACCCAGAUGUCUGCACCUAGAUUGCUUGUCUACGUGCUGGUAAUGGGAUGUAUGCCUAACCACCUCCGAGAAUUAUUUUGAAGACUGGGAGAUGAGGUGUGAAAAGAUGCUUUAUAGACUGAUGCAUGGUAUGCACGCAGGAGCUGCUUUCCAUCAUCAGGUUCAUCUGUUCAUCUGCAGACUGCAAGAGGGGAGCGUGGCCUACAGCUGGACUGCAGGGAACAGGAGAUGACCUCAUUUGGAGAUGUCUGCACAUAAAUAAACUAAGGUCAUGAUAGUGGGCCUGCAUCCAAAUGGCUUGUGCUCUCAUAUAAACAGACAUGCACAUGGGACAACGGCAUCUACGCGUGAGGCAGCAGCUGGGGUGGCACAGCUCUGCUAAGCCCUAGCUACAGAAGAUGGAUGGAGAACCACCGCAGGCUGCUGUCUCAGCCCUCGGAAGGAACCAGCCCUGCCAGCACCUGCCAUGACUUCAGGGCCGUCCGAGCUCAGAGGCACUAAGUCUUCUCUUGAGAACCUUUCAGUGUGUGUGCUUUGUCCAGCAGUCCAGGCAACCUAACACAGUAACUUACAAAUGUGUUUUUCAAAGAUGGGUGUUGAGCAGCCACAGCAGCACCGUGGCUAGGCUUCUCCUGGCCCUUGCCUCCACUAGCCCUGAGUUUAAUGCAGCUUCAGUAUCGGUUUCUGCACCCUGUUAAAGCAGGAAGAAGAGCCUCAACCAGUCAUGUUCAGGAUGACCUCAUCCCCUCCUGGCUGCCUGUAAAUGGAGUCUCACAGCCAUUUUGUUGUCUGGCUGACAGACCCCUGCAUGCUGGAAUAAACAAUGUU